AUGGGGCAGUGGUUGGAGAGCGGCGCUCAAAACCCCGAGCAGCCCCCAACCGAACACGAGAUACAAAAGUUUAUAGAGGAUCGUCUAUCAAAGCAUAAAUGGCUCACGGCCGGGGUUGAGUUCCUAGAUGCAAUCCCCAGGACAGCGAGUGGCAAGGUGAUGCGGCGAAUGCUACCAGGGCAGACACCCCAAGGCGGCGUAAAGGCAAAGCUCUAG